GUGAAACAGAAUAUGACAUCGUCGGCGCUUUUUUCCGGUUACACCACCACUCGGUUCCUUUCCUCUCGGUACCAUUCCCUCCUUGCGGUCUCUAACAAACUUCGCUUCCCGUCUCCCUUUCUGUUGCCUACAAGAACGAGAAGAAGAUUCUGUACGAAGAUGUCGGCACAGGAAGGUUCACCUCUCAUUCACACUAUUAGUUUGCCUGGACAAGGAGGAUUUCAGGUUAUAGCGGUACCGGGGAUGUCCGAUUCUGAGUUUAGGACUGCUAUUGGUUCGUCUUUAUUCAAGCAAUGGUUGAAAAACAUGCAGGGUGUAAAGGGGAUUUUAACUCCUGGAGACAUGUCUUUGAAACAAGUACUGAUCCAGGGUGUAGAUAUGUUUGGAAAACGUGUUGGUUUUCUGAAGUUCAAGGCAGAUAUUCUUGACAAAGAAACUGGUAAAAAGAUUCCAGGCAUUGUAUUCUCACGAGGACCUGCUGUUGCUGUCCUGAUCCUUUUGGAGUCGGAGGGUGAGACUUAUGCUGUUCUCACAGAGCAGGCAAGAGUUCCUGUUGGGAAGUUUAUUUUAGAAUUGCCAGCUGGGAUGUUGGAUGAUGACAACGGUGAUUUUAUUGGCACCGCAGUUCGUGAGGUUGAAGAGGAGAUUGGUAUGCAUUUAAAUCUGGAUGACAUGGUUAACCUCACAGCCCUCCUGGACCCUUCAACUGGAGGGAGAGUUUUCCCCUCACCGGGUGGAUGCGAUGAGGAAAUUAGCCUUUUCCUGUAUAGAAGUCGUGUGGAUUCUGAAACUAUAUCAAAACUUCAAGGAAAAGAAACAGGUCUUCGUGAGCAUGGGGAGCUGAUAAAAGUGCAUGUAGUUCCCUAUGAUAAGCUGUGGCGUGCAACAGCUGAUGCAAAGGCUCUUACAGCAAUUGCUUUGUAUGAGAUGGCGAGGAGAGAAGGGCUUCUUCCUCCUUGAAACUCAUCUGACCUCACUAGCCACUGAAUCAGUCUAUGGUUCUUAGUGAAUUGCUGAUAUGCUGCCACCUGUUCAUAAAGAUCAUUUAGAACCUUUGAUGCAUUCAUUCAUUGAUCCGGUGAUCCCGAAAACUUCCCAUAGCAGACCCAUAAUAUUGUAGCGCAUGGUAUUACAAAUAAAGCUUCAAUAAUUAGAAAUUA